GAGCUGAACUGUUCUCUAAGGGAAAUCAGUCUCUACACGGAAAAGUUUUCCUUUGACAACCCUUUCCUUCACUUUCUCUUCUAAUUAUGCAUCACAACGCAUAAAAGGAUGCAAGACUUUUACUUUCUUUCUAUCUUUUUUUUUGGUUGGGUCAUUUAGGAAGCUGUUGAAUUUAAGUUGGUCGGAACAUGUCACUUCCUGUUUAACUCUUUUUAAAAACUUUGAUCCCAUAGAUCGCAACUGGUUUUACCGCUAUGAAGGAAAGUUUCCUACACUAAGAAAGGUACUCUGCGUGUUGGAAUGGAGAGUAGUGUUUGAUACAGUCCCUUAAAUUUCAAAUCAAAAAUCUAUUCAGAAAUGAGUAAUAAAUUUAGUAACAGUAACAUGAUGAAGGCAUUACCCUGUAGUGUCAUUGUGAAAACAUCCUAUAUAGUAUCUGUUGUGUUUGGAUGACAGCAUGUGGAUGGUAUUUUGUGUGGUGUGCAUUAAAAACAAAUUUCCGUGCAAUAUAGAAAAAAAAAUCAUUGUAAAUAUUCAGAAAGGAAAAGAGACAAAGAAGAAGAAGAAGAAGAUGUCCAAGACAGACACACUUCCAACAGAGAAAAGGAAUAAGAAAGAAAUGGAGUUUGAGCUGAAAUUGGCCAAGGAAAAGGAAGAGAUACAUGAGCGAGAGAAACAGAUGAAAAUUAAUCGGCUCUUGCAAGAGGUAACGGAGACCGAGCGGGAGGAUCUGGAGGAGUCAGAGAAAGUGCAGUACUGGGUGGAGAGGCUCUGCCAGACUAGACUGGAGCAGAUUUCCUCCGUGGAGAAUGACUCUCCCGAGGUAAAAGCGCAGUCCAGAUGAAGAUUUGCAGAGCUUGUGUUGGUCUCAAGUUUAUCUUGUGUGAAUUUUGCAGUUAUUGUGUGUGAGUCUUAUGAGUAGGUUGAGUUGGGGUUGCAGUGCUUUCUGUGAGGUUGAGUGGUUAUGAUUUUUAACCAAAUGAGCU